AUGAUUGGAACCAUUAUCAUAUUUGCUAUAGUGAUUAUUGCAUUUUUAAUAUACUUGCCAUAUUCAUCAGGUUUAGCUAAAUAUGAAUAUGAAAGGAAACCCAAGGAAAAGGUCCAGCAGAACAAUAAAGACAAUUACUUGAACAGUUACCAGGGUUAUAUCCCACCGGAUGAAGAGGCAUCCUUGAGAGAACAAGGACAAGAAUCACAUUCAUUCAGGGUUAGCGUUUCGAAGCUCAGGGAGAAAGCCCAUGUAACGUCUAGCGAUAUUCCAUUGAAAAUUAGGUUGCAGCAAGAUUCUUCUUUGAGAAGGAGAAACAAGGAAAGAUUAGACAUAGACACCGACCCUAAUAAUUACGAUUACGACAUUGAUGAACUUAUAAAGGAAGAAAACGAAGCGGCCGUUGAGGAUCAAAAAAGAGAAUUCUAUAAAAAUCUUCAAAUGGGGAAAGAAAAAGAGGCGAUGGUAUAA